GAGGCCUAUUUUUCUACACUUUCCCCCCUCUGUUGUUGUGCCUAUUUCUUCUCCUUCUUCUGUCAUCUUCUGCUUCGUCUUCUCUCUCGAUUUCACCUUUUUUUUCUCUGCUUCUUGCCAGCUAUUCUCUCCUUCAUACACUACCUUACACUUCCGCCCCACACUCUCGAGUAUACAUCACAAGAUCAGUCCUCUACUAAACCCGAUCUCCUCGGUCAACAGACCAUCACACAACAUACACAACAUGGCGUUCCACGACACCAUGUACAUGACUUCUUAUUACCCCUCCCAAUACUAUUCGGAGGUCCCUUUUGCCUCCAACAAUCCUUACGUUCGCUACGCCUCUCCAGCUCCAACCAUGUCUUCGCUAAGGCGUCAGCGUUCGUCCUCUGUGCCUUCAGUGCACUACUCGGGCAUACCUGAACACCAUCCCGUGGAGCCCAAGAGACGACAGGGCUCCUCUCGUCGCCAUCAUCACCGUGGCAGCCGUCAACCCAGGUACUCGCGGGAAUCCCAGCUCGUCAACCCAGAUAUAAUCGACAUGCUGGAUGAUGCCGGGUUCCUUCAGUACCACCACGAGGGGCCUUAUGAUGCUGUGUACCCUGAGCGAAACCGAAACAGCAAGCACAGUCCCAUCGAGGCCCUUAAGGAGUCCAACGCGGAAGCAAUCAAAGCUACUCCGCAGGACAAGAUCGCCGACUGCCUUGAUAGCCAUCGCCCUCUUGAUGGUGUUGCUUUCUUCCCUCCCGGUACUACAGACCGGGACGGACAUACUUAUGACUAUGAAGAGGGGCCCAACAUGAUGAAUGAAUAUGGUAACUUCACACGUUGUCCGGGCUUGAAAUUUACCGACGAAGACUUUAAGAAUGACCCAUUCUACAACAAGCCAAUUCCAAAGCCCUUUUCGACUCUUCGCAAGGUGCUGAGUCUUCGUCGCAAUCGCAGGAGUGUCGCCUAAACGGCGUGGCCCCUACGACAAAAUAAAAAGCCCUGCAAGCCCCGCUUAGCAGGAUGCGAAUAAUCUCAACUGUAUAUGUACGCCAGCCAUCACGACAUUACGACUUGCGUUAUAUAUAAUGGUAUUCAUGUGAUGACGGCAAUGGGUUAGGUUAUUUGGAUCAAGGAAAUGGAGUUUCGUGUUAUAUAUAUUGCUGGCUAUUUUCAUGUAUCUUUUCAUACCAUGGGUUGCGACGGUGUAUCGGCGGGUUUUCUGUCUCAGCACUGGGUAGCCUGGAGUUAUCCAUUCAG